UACCUUUCUAAAUAGUAUAAAAGGGCUGUGAAGUCUUAUUUUUACCGAGUUCGUUGUUAAUGGCCCAAAGAUAUCACUUGCACUAUUAGUCAUGGGGAACUUACUACUUUUCCUUGUACCUUUGGCUUUAGUCGUUGCCGUUGUUCAUAUAAUCAGAGCAGCGACCUCGACCAAAAAGUAUGGAUCAGCUCAGUUACCACCUGGCCCUCCAGGGCGGGAUCACUCGAAACUCUUGGAUAAUGAUCGUUGGAACAUGUUCAAGGCUUGGAAUGAUCGAUAUGGUUGGUCAUAUAUUCUCUUUGUUUUGAAGUUGCCUUGUUGACAAAGCGUUACAGGAAAUGUGGCGACCUUUUAUACUGGAAACCAGCUGAACAUUGGUAUGUCUUAUGUAGUCAUUGAGGCACAGUGGUUCCGCCAUAGUAACUUUAUCAGUGCUCGGAACAAUGGAGGCAGCUGUGGACGUUCUCGAAAAGGCCGGUGAAACGUUCUCAAGCCGUCCACAUUUCAUCAUGGGGUAGGUAUCUUUCUCAGUCCAAAAAUACCUGGACUAGAUGUUUACACAAAUUAGGGAGUUUCUCUUUUCAAGACUGCGUGGCUUCUCAAUGACCUACGGACCUAAAUGGCGAAAUUGGCGAACGGUUUGACUUCCUUCAAAAAUGUGCAGAUUAGGGCCUAACUCGUCUGUUUUAAGCUUCAAAACUCGCACUUCAGUCCCCAAGUAGCAUCUAAAGUCAAGCCGAUGCAGAUCAGUGAAUCAGCUGUCUUGAUGCAUGACUACCUGACCAAUACAGACCCUUCUAAGCAACAUAAAAUCCUUCGAAGGUAUGUUGUGUUUAGACCAUUUAGAAAUGGAGGGUUAAGAUUGACUUUCAUAGAUACACGGCAUCUCUAAUGUUUUAUAUGGGAUAUGGCCGUCGCGUUACGUCUCUUGAUGAUCCGCUUUGUGUGAAACAUGACCAGGAAGAGGAAUGUAAGUGCAACCUCCAUGUCUAUCUUUAAGAUGUUUUCUAAUCUUAGUAGAUAUUGAAAGGUAUCUUGCAAUCUACACUAUGCUAUAUGAGAAUAUGUUCACCGGAUACUCAUUCUAUUUUUAGUACAAAGUAAGUGUUUUUGAAUGAGUUUAUCUUAACAUUUUGUGCUGAGUCAUAUGUACCAGAGUACCCGGACGAUUUCCUCUUGAGAGCGUAAGUGAACUUCCCAGCAUGUAGUAAUGGCACACAACUGAUAAUUUGAUCAGUGGCCUAUCAUGUUAUGGCUCCCUGUAAGUUAAUCACACUUCCCGGAGUAAGAGUAAGACUAAUGGCUUCGAAGCGUCCUUUGCAGUGGUUCCGCCAUGAGCCUGAGAAACACAGAGACACCAACACAAAGUUGUAUACGACGGCUAUGAAUGAGGUCAAGAGAAAGAUGGAAGACGGCACUGCUGUCCCAUGCACAUCCACUUAUGGUCUCACAAAACAGAAGGAAUUAGACAUGGAAGAUGACGUCGAACUGGCUUAUGCUCUUUCUGCUCCAUGGGCUGCCGGAAUUGGAACGGUGAGUUUGACUUGUCUGGUUUUGUUAAGACUGCAAACUGAUAUGGUAUAGACUACUACUGCAUUUGAGAUAGCAAUUUGUACAUCUCACCCUGCCAAUUGGUAUUCAAAACUUUAAUGUUCUAAUCUUUUGUAGUGGCCAUGUUACACUACCCUGAGUGUCUCCAGAAGGCAAAAGCCGAAAUCGAUGAAGUUGUCGGACAGGAUCGCAUGCCCAACUUUGAAGAUCAGCAAUCUCUACCUUAUUUGGGAGCCUUUAUACGAGAAACAUUGAGGUAUGUGUCAUAGGAAGAUGAUAUGGAGAUUUUCUAAUAAGUCUCUUCUAGAUGGCGACUUGUAACUCCCACUGGUAUUGCACAUUCAUCAACUCAGGACUAUACAUACAAGGGCAUGUUAAUCCCGAAAGAUGCAUCUGUAUAUGCCAACGCCGCGUGAGUCCUCCAUUAACCAAAAGGCGAGUCCAUACACUGACAUAUUAUGCAUUAGCGAGAUUAUGAAAGAUCCUGCUGUAUUCCCCGACGGUGAAAAAUUCAUACCGGAAAGAUUCUUAGAAACCAAUGACCCCAGACUCCUCAAUUACCGAUUUGGCUGCUUCGGUUUUGGCCGAAGAAUGUGUCCUGGUAUGCACGUCGCACUCCAAUCGUUAUAUAUCGUUAUCGCUCGGUAAGUGAAUCUCCUCAUCUUCUCACAUUUCCAUUCCCCACGCAGCUCACAACUUCAUUUUUGAAGAAUUCAUCACUGACCCGUCAAUCCAGGUUAAUCUGGGCCUACGAUGUACUUCCUGUCACUAUCAAUGGCAAACCAUAUAUCCCAGAUGCGGACGAUUUUACCUAUGGCCUGGUCAGCUACCCCGCUAAUUUGAAAUUCGAACUUGUUCCCCGCAGCGAGAAACACAAGAAUAUUAUUAUCGCUGAGGCUGAGCGUGCCAAUGCCGAUAUGGCACAUUUGGAUGGUUCCAGUGCUUCGUACGAUAUCUGAUCUCAAAACUUGGUACUAGACGAUAUUACAGGAAAGUAAAAGUUUUCAGAUUUAGACCACAGCCGAGCUUUGACAUCCGAGUGAGAUACGGGAAAGUGGACUAGAAAAAAAUAGGUUGAGACUUGUCUCUCGAUCUUGCCAAGUGUUCGAUUUUGGCUUUCAGUUAUUUCAUUUCUUGGUUAUUUGGCCUAUUGGGUCUCUGUAAGCUAUUCUAGCUCUCGAAUCUGCUAUGCGUGUACAAUCUUUCAAGGCAUUUCAAUGCUUGUACAUAUAUUAGAUAGAUACAUAGAAAAAUAAGAGAAACCCUUUCAUAUUCUUUAACCAUUUUAA